ACACCUCUCUCCCGCUGGCGGUGAACAUGGACAACCAAUCUCCGUAUGCUGGUCUAUAUAAAAAGAACUCCAGCGUAGACCACAUAAGAGAAAAAGUCGCACAACGUAAAUCUAUAACUCAGAAGGAGAACAGACACCGAGAGUUCAGGAAGAGCCGAGGGCUGUUGCUGGCGGAUGUGAAUAUUCCUCCGGUAAAAGAGCAGGUCCUACCCGUGGUGGAUGAGGCAAAGGAAUCUGGUCAUGGAAGGACUGAAAUUAAGCCAGCAGAUAAUGUUAAAGCCAGAGAUCGGAAAAUAAACGAGCGACUUGCAAUGCUGCAACGUUUUAAAGAAGAAAAGCAACAGCGGAAAUUAAAGGAACAGCAGGAAAAGGCCAAAAAGGGCGUCUUUAAGUGUGGAAUUUACAAGGCAGAAAACCCUUUUAUUCCAGUCAUCGCCUCUCAGAAUGCUGUUAAAGUUAAACAAAAGGAGAAGGUAGCCGUGCGUAAAGCCUCAACUGAUCGUACACUUACAAGAGGCCAUGGACAGAGUUCCAGUGUUAAAAGGAAUGAGACCGAAAACAAAGUCUCUGGUGUUCUACCUGCAACAUCUACUAGAUCAAGUGCAGGGACUUCAACUAAACACUCCAUUACUACAAGAACAACUGUGAUGGCAUCAAGGUUAUCCACUGCUGCUAAAGCACCGCUGAAGAACACUGCAGCUGCUGCAAAGUCUCAAACGAAGACGACCAAAGAGAUAAAAGAGGACAUUUUCGAGGACCAAACAGAACAUCCUGUGGAUGAUCAACUGAAUAACGAUUUAUUGGAAGAAACUGUUGCUGUGAAAGACACCGCAGCAGACAGUGUGCCCAUGGAAACCUCAUCCUUGGUGCGUGAAAGGAAGCCAUCUUUUUCUCCGGACAAAGACGCCGCAGCAGAAACUGUGCCCAUGGCAGAAACCUCGCCCUUUGUGCGUGAAAGGAAGCCAUGUUUUGCUCCAGACAAUUUAGUUUUCCAACCAUUGCAUGGGAUGUGUGCCCUCACAUUUCCACCCCUGACCCCUGACCGGACCAAUUCAUUUCUAGCACCUUCUUGUACUUGGAGCCCUAUGGCAAGUAAAAGCCAGUUUGUCUUUACACGAGGUCACCACACCGAAGAACAUAAGGCUUGCCAAGUGUCUCCUCCUGAGCUAUUGAUCAAAGCCACAGAUGUAACACAAGGCACAGAUAUCCUUUCUUCCUCUCCAGUAAAAGAAUGCACAGGUGACGGAAGUUCAGCUGUAGCUGCCGUUGCGCCAGUGACCCAUCCCUCUUGUGAGCCUAUUCUUCAUUUUACGGAUAACAAGUCGGCACAGCCAGAGGAAUUACAGCGUGACGUACCUUACUUCAGAGAUUUCCUGAAGUCUGAGAAUCAGAGGCUGAAAUUUCUGUGCAGCGAGUGGGAUAAAAAAGUGGACAUGGAUAUUCCGGAAGAUGCCAAAGACCUGAUCCGGACUGCGGUUGGACAAACGAGGCUCCUAUUAAAUGAACGGUUUAAGCAGUUUGAAGGUCUGGUCGAUCACUGUGAAUUUAAGACCGGUGAAAAGGAAACGACUUGCACAGAUCUUGAGGGGUUUUGGGAUAUGAUCUAUUUACAGAAGGAGAAUGUGUAUAAAAAGUUUUCCGACCUUAAAAAGCUGGAGGAGAGCUCAUGGCAACAGAGUGCAGUACAGACUAAAAAGGUUGUAAAAAAAAAAAUCGCACUGGCUGCAAAACAACGUCAAGGAGAUAACUGCAGCGCAGCAGCAAAAGAUCGCCUUGCCGUGGUUAAGUCUGCGCUGAAAAAUAAAAGUAAAACACAGCAAGUUUACACGGUCUUGUUUGAUGCAGGAUUCUUCCGGAUUGAGAGCCCUGCUAAACGGCCUAGUAGUCACAGAAAAUUAGACCGCAGUUCUUCCCAGGCAUCCAAUAUACCCAAGUCAGCCAAAAAGGUUCUGCAGUACUCUGGGAAUCCAGUUAUUAAUGUGGAAGACUUGCAAGCACAGAAGUCGCCAAGCCAUGUAAAGUCUCCCCUAAGGAAAGCACUAUUUGGUGCAGAUGCAAGUUUGCAGAACCAGGAAACAAACACUAUGUAUAUUACGCCUGACCCUACAGCGUCUGACGCUGUGCCGCAAGUAGUUGAUAUGACCAAGUAUUUGGUUCCAGUUGGAACCAAUGAAGUGCGAUCUCACGGGGUCAGUUUACAAGAGUGGGGCCUGCAGGAAGACCACACUAGUGCAAGUCCUUUAGCGGAUGAUGUUUUCACGGGCAGCUCAGAAAAAGCUGUACCUAGUACAAGGAGUGCCGGCUUAGUAGGCAGUCCUAAACCGGGCCCAGAUGAAGCGGUGGGAACUACGAACAGUCCUCUUUCCUUCCUUGGAAGCUGCACACCAACUACGGUAGAGAAAUGAUUUUUAAAUAAAAAAUAAAAAAGUCUGCUUCAGAAGAGAAGGAUUCAGAUGUACAGCCAUUGAGCAUAGUGUGGGGCUGUCGGGUCUCAAAGUAUUCUGUAUUAACUGUGCAUUAUUCAGACUCGUUUCCAAUGUGGACGUGCAAGAAUCUCACAUCUUAGCUGAGAGAGAACCGUCCUGAAUGUAACCGCUGAUACACAGUGCGUCAAAGGCCCAGGUCACGGAGACUGUCUUGAAAGCAAUUUAUUUUUCUAUAAGCUAUUUUCUAUAAAAAUAAAUAAAAAUCGUCCAAUGUU